AUGACUGGUUUCUGGCUGCUGCUGCUGUUUGUCGCCAGCGCAGUCCUGGUUCUUCAUGCGUGGAGAGCUCGAAGCAUCGUCAACAAGGCAGCGCCGACGUACCCGCCGGGGCUGGAGCCAUACCCGCUGAUCGGGCACCUCCCACAGUUCUUGGCUAACCGGCACCGCGUGCUGGAUUGGAUGACCGAGGCACUCGAGCGCCAGACCACGUGCACAUUCGUGCUGCGCCGGCCGGGCGGCGUGCGGGGCGCGAUCGCGGCGAGCCCUGCGAACGUGGAGCACGUCCUGCGCACCAGCUUCGACAACUACCCCAAGGGGCCCCGCGGACAGCGGAAGGUUGCCAGCCACGACGAGUUCACCACGCGCUCGCUCCGUGCCUUUGUGGCGCGCUGCGUGCACGCCGAGCUACACGGCCGCCUCCUCCCGCUGCUGCGGCGCGCCGCGGCGUCCGGCGCCCCCCUCGAUCUCCAGGACGCGCUCGAGCGGUUCGCGUUCGACAAUAUCUGUCGCGUCUCCUUCGACCACGACCCGCGCCAGCUCGCGGGCAAUGGCGACGACACGGCGGACUGCACCUUCGCCGAUGCGUUCCGUGACGCUGCGAAUCUCAGCGUCGGCCGGUUCCGGUACGCGGUCCCGGGGUUUUGGAAGAUCAAGAAAGCGCUAAACGUUGGUUCUGAGAAGCGGCUGCGGGAGUCCAUCGCGAUGGUGCACGACUUCGCCGAUCGCAUAAUCCAGUCGCGCCGGGAGGAGAUGCUGAGAACCGGUUUUGACAAGCACGACCUCCUGUCGCGGUUCAUGGCGAGCCAGGACGAGACCUACUCCGAGUCCAAGGUGCCCCUCCGCGACGUGGUGAUCAGCUUCCUACUGGCGGGGCGCGAGACCACGUCCUCGGCGCUCACCUGGUUCUUCUGGCUGCUGUCCUCGCGGCCUGACGUGCAGCGCCGCCGCAUCCGCGACGAGGUCGCUGCUGUGCGCGCCCGGCGGGCACAGGGCGACGUCGAUAACGUCAUCGGUUUCGACCUGGACGAGCUCCGCGACAUGCACUACGAGCGUGAUUGGUUGCUCCGCCAUUGGUGA